CAAUCUUCUGAGACGCAGAAACAGCCUCCUGACGUGCGAUAGAGCCUUUAUCGAGUUUCUUUAGAGAAGAAAGCGAACACGCAAUCUAGAAGGGAGGACAGAACUUUGGAGUUGCAAUUUGGCUUUGGCUUGCUUGACUUCUGAGGUGGUACCAGCUGAGAAAAGGAAUCAGCGCUUGGAGAAGACAGUAAAAACAACCCCCUCCUCCCACACAUGUUUGGCUUUGCAAAGGGAGUUUGCUAGUUCUAACUGACAGCAUUAGCACUGUGAGUGCAGAGGACAAAGCAGAACAUUCUCACUAUGCAUGUACAGAGAAACACGACAGGCCCCAGAGAAUGGAAGGAGCAGCAGAACAGCCUUUAAUAACCUUUUUCCAACAAACUGAUUCAUUCUCGGUUUUGAAUUACAGAUCACAGAACAGGACAGGGAAGCUUCCCUUACUGGAUUGCUUAUUAGCUUUUCACAAUCUCCCCUGAUGGGGGAAGACAUGUUCAAAAAGGGGACUUUAUUAACGCUUUAGGAAUAUUUGAUUGUGGAGUAUAUUGGAAACGAGUGUGAAUACGGAUUGCUCUGGACAAACUUGUGAAUAGAUCGCUGGGAUUUUGUUAGCAGAAAAUGAACUACAACGAAACUUGCGAAUCGAAUUUGCUCAAGGACUACAUCCAUUUCAUUUACGCGGUCACCUACACUGUGAUCCUGGUGCCCGGGCUGAUUGGUAACGUGCUGGCACUUUGGGUGUUCUAUGCAUAUGUUAAGGAGACCAAGAAAGCUGUCCUCUUCAUGAUGAACCUGGCCAUUGCGGACCUGACCCACGUGCUUACCCUGCCCCUUCGAAUAUACUACUACCUGAGCCACUACUGGCCUUUUGGAGAGUUCCUCUGCAUGUUUUGCUUCUACCUAAAGUAUGUCAACAUGUAUGCCAGCAUCUUCUUCCUUGCCUGCAUCAGCAUGCGGCGAUGUAUGUUUAUCAUCUACCCGCUGAGGUACAGUGACACCAAGGGCAGGUUUGACGUUUACCUCUGCAUCGGGGGCUGGGUUUUUGUCUUCUUGUCCUGCCUGCCUUUUCCUCUGCUGAGGCAAAGCUCAAACAACUCGACUUCCUUCAACGAGUGCUUCGCAGAGCUCCCAAUGAUGAGGGUCAGUAUGGCGACGGGAGUGACCAUGAUGACCCUGGCUGAACUGAUGGGCUUUGUGCUCCCACUCGUGGUGGUCCUCACCUGCUCCUGGAAGACAGCCAUGUGCCUGCGCGAGAAGAAAUAUGUGCUGCAGGACAGCGGCGAGAAGCGCAAAGCCUUCAAGAUGGUGCUCACGUGUGCCAUCGUUUUCCUGGUGUGCUUUGCCCCGUACCACAUCAGCUUCCCUUUCCACUUCCUGGCGGUGUCGGACGCAGUGUCCACCUGCAGCGUGAAGAAGGCCAUCCUCAAGCUGCACCCUGUCACCCUGUGCCUGGCCAGUCUGAACUGUUGCCUGGAUCCUGUUAUGUACUACUUUACCACAGACGAGUUCAAGAGGAGGCUAUCUUGGCAGGAGCUGCCAGAGACUUUUCACCUUCAUAGAAAGUCCUCUUGUUCAUCGAAGAAGACAAACCCCUCUGAAGUUGGCUAUUGGAGAGAUGCCCCAGGAUGAAGUAACUAAUGACAGUCUGUAAAGCAAUUCAGUAUACUGAGAUUAAAUAUUCAACCCAAUUAAAAAAACCAAGUCUGAGACUCGCUUCCCCCAGGGCUCAAGUUGUUUUUAACCUUAUACUACAUUUUGUCUAGCACAGUGGGCAUUUAAUUAGAUGGUCCACAUUGGGGCAAUCACAAUGAAGUAUAGCAUAUUUUAGACUCAGUCAACUUAAGGUUCACUAUCUAUUGCUCUGUCAAAACACAUGCAUAAACACACAUUGCUUUUUCUAUGGCUUUGCAUCUAUGCUUCCUUUUGUUGACAUUUUUUUUUCAACAGCCAAUGAAACUGCCAAUGAAAAUUAGUUUAUUUCUCUAUUCCAGUUCAGUUCAAUACAUAGGGCUGCUAAGUCUACCCUUAUAAAUCUGUUAUUUUAAUCUGUUGUGUUUUUUUUUCAGAUACAUAUAUUUUUUAUGCAAGUGUAUUAGCUGGGAGGAAAAAAUUUAAUAGGAUUAAAACUGCAGGCAGCUAACAUUUUAUUUUAUACUGAUUCAUGAAUUAUUUAAAUGAAGGAACAUUUGUCUGUGAAUUUUCGAGAAAUGAUUUGUGUUACAUGUUAACUGUCUAGAACUAAAGUACUUAUUUUUUGUGGAUGGCAUGAAUCAUUUGAGAUUUAAACAACUCUGUAUUAUCUCAGCAUAACGAUGUGGAAGUAAGAGUCCCAUUGCAUUGCAGUUUGGUCUACUCAAGAUUUCCUUACAGUAUCACAUUAGUUAAAGUAGGCAAACCACUGAGAUCAGAUAUUACCAAUUAAGCUCACAGUAAAUCCUGGAGUGGCUCAAACCAUCAUUCAACAGUAUUGUAGGUAGAUCACUGUCACAUAAAGCAAUAUCCCUGUUGUAUACAUAAACACGAAGCUUUGAGAAAGUGCACCAGGCCAGCACAGACAGCAACCUUGAUGUUUACACAGACAACGAUACAGCAGUCGCUGGAAUGCACUUUUUAGAAAGGUUUAACAGACGUGCAUUAGAGUUGCUCAACAUUAAUUACUUAAAAAAAAAAAGAAAAAAAAAAAGGAUUUUAUAAGACUUUAAUACACUGUUACCAGCUGUGGCAAAUCUUAGAUCUUACACAUGUGUUUAAUUAAAACAUGCCUAUUUGAAUAGUAUGUGCUUCCUGGUAGUCUCCCACAUAGCCCCUGAAGAAAAUAACACAAGUGUCGUUCAGCAGGAAGAAGACACACAAGUAGCAGAGUAGAACUAGACAUCUACAAAACUUGCACAAAAGGUGCAUUAUUUUAACUAAUCUUAGCAAUUGUGUCAACAAAAAUACCACACUGUUUAUUUUAUUUUUAUUUUUAUUUUUUUGUGUUGUUUUGUCUUUGUUAGGGAAGCACUGCAACAUAUAUAUCCAUAAAAGAUAUCAGUCUUAAAUAAAAACUGAAGCCCCAGAAAUUAAAUACUAUAAUGAAUUGUUGCAUUUUCUGUGAUUAGCAGAAAAUGAUGUUCAUUAAUACCUUUCAAAUAAUCAAUUACACAUUUACCAUAACUUUAACUAUAAAAUACAUCUUUUGUAAGUCUUGUAAGUCUAUAUGAUUUAAAUCCAACACAGUAUUGAUCCAGAGAGCUGUGCACUGCCCUUAGUGAGCUGCAUCUGUGAAGUGGUUUUUCUUUGUGAUAUAUAGCAUGUAAUAUUUUGUAUCAGACAUAGCAGCCAACAACAGGAGCACCCGACAAGGGUUAUUUAAUAGGUAUUUCAUUUCUAUUUAAACACUGUAAAUAUAUGUCUGUCUGUGAUGUUAAGGUUUAUGUUUCC